GUUCAGAUGAAUUCGCAUCGUUCGUGAUUCGUUUAUCCCACCAGAUGUAACUCAUCGUGAGUUGGAGUAAGCACAAACAGCGCAACACACCGAUCGUCCGUGACUUUGCGACGCCUUCAAAAAAAUUAGUUGCGUCCGAACCACUAGCUUGUCCAAUGACAGUGGCGUCGAGUGUCGGGCACUAGCCCCCUCUGUUACAAUGCGGCAGCACCACCCAAUAUUUUUUUCGAAACCCUCCGAAGUGUGAAUGAACUGUGAUAAAAUGGCCGAAUCGGGUAUUGAUAUAGGAUAUGAUUUAUCAGUCCUCCUCUCUGAGGAAGUUGACAUUGAAAGUGCUAUAGAUUUUGACGAUUUACUGGGGACUCCGAGAAAUCAAGAGUUUUACGAAUUGACAUCGAAAACAAUGCCGGUUACUGAAAGUGCUCCAAACUUGAAAACAAUCAACCCUCUAUCGCGGACCCAACUGAAACUUCAACUGAUGCGGGAUCACGCCCUUCUAGAGCAACAGAAACAAAAGCAAGAACGAGAAAGACUUCAAGGACUACCACACCAACUUCCCCAUCCACCUAACCUCACCAGAAAACCUCCACCCUCGCCUAUCAAAGUGCCAUUGAAUAGUAUAACGGAAGUGCCACCUCAAGUGCUCCAAGUCCAAACUAAGCUAGAAAAUCCCACGAGGUACCAUGUGAUGCAAAAACAAAAGAACCAAGUGAAACAGUAUCUCAGUGAAUCGUUCCAAGCCCCAAACGCAGUGCUCUGUGAUCACAGAUUGAAUCAUCAGACACAAAGUGCUCCACCUCUCACAGGUUCGCAUAAUACGAGCUUUACCAAUGGGCAGCAUUACUAUUCAAAAGGAAACGCAUCUCCAAAUUACGAUGUCCCUGUUUUAUCGCCAGCGCUAAGUUCCGGUGCCACUAGCUGCACGUCUGAG